CAGGCCCCGCCCCCUCAAAGUGGGUGAAAGGUCGGCGGCGCGGUGCUGAAGCUGGGGCGACCGAGCAAAACUGACAGGACGACUCCUGACUAACCAUGGCAGACGAGCCGCGGCCGAUCAGUCCACUCAAGAACCUGCUAGCCGGCGGCUUUGGCGGUGUGUGCCUGGUGUUUGUGGGGCAUCCUCUGGACACUGUCAAGGUCCGACUGCAGACACAGCCACCAAAUUUGCCUGGACAACCUCCUAUGUACACUGGGACCAUUGACUGCUUUCGAAAGACUCUUGUUAGAGAGGGCAUCACAGGGCUGUACCGGGGCAUGGCUGCCCCUAUCAUUGGGGUCACCCCCAUGUUUGCUGUGUGCUUCUUUGGGUUUGGUCUGGGAAAGAAACUACAGCAGAAAUCUCCAGAGGAUAUACUGAGCUACCCCCAAAUAUUUGCUGCUGGGAUGUUAUCUGGUGUAUUUACCACAGGAAUCAUGACCCCUGGGGAACGAAUCAAGUGCUUAUUGCAGAUUCAGGCUUCUUCAGGGGAAAGCAAAUACAAUGGAACCUUGGACUGUGCAAAAAAGCUGUACCAGGAGUCUGGAAUCCGAGGCAUUUACAAAGGCACUGUGCUCACCCUCAUGAGAGAUGUUCCAGCCAGUGGGAUGUAUUUCAUGACAUAUGAGUGGCUGAAAAAUAUUUUCACUCCAGAGGGAAAAAGUGUCAGUGACCUCAGUGCUCCUCGAAUCCUGGUAGCUGGGGGAAUUGCAGGGAUCUUCAACUGGGCUGUGGCAAUCCCUCCAGAUGUCCUCAAGUCUCGCUUCCAGACUGCACCUCCUGGAAAAUACCCUAAUGGUUUCAGAGAUGUGCUGAGAGAGCUGAUCCAGAAAGAAGGAAUCACAUCCUUGUACAAAGGGUUUAAUGCAGUGAUGAUCCGAGCCUUCCCAGCCAAUGCAGCCUGUUUCCUUGGGUUUGAAGUUGCCAUGAAGUUCCUUAACUGGCUUGCCCCCAACUUGUAAAGCUGAAGGCUGCUGAAGGCUUCUGGAUGAUGGAUACUUAUUGAGGAGAUGCAGUAGACAAGACCAGGCAGUCCUGAAGGGUGAAGGGAGGAGGUGGUGGGAUCAGAGUUCUGAGCAUGGACUAAAAUUAUUGCCUUAAUGAUGUCUGCCUUCUAUGACUUGGUAUACCAUUUUGAAACUUGAAUUCACUCAAAGGAUUUGGAGAUGGAAUAACUAGCUUUUUGACCAGAUACCACCUGUGGCCAGUGCUUCUUACCUGCUGGCCCCACUACUCUUUGCUAAAGAAGUAAUCUCAUCCUCUCAAUGAAAUGCAUAUUUUCACCCAGAAACUGAGGUCUUUUUCCAACUCUAGUCAGGAAAAUCAGCUGAUUUCCAGAGUGCCAUCUAAUUCUGGGCUACACACAGGGAUGUGGAUUUAAAGCCUACAUCUGUCUAUCCAAGUGGACAAGGUGGAUAUGCCUGAGAACAGAUACUGUUAACUCAUCAGAUUUUAAUUUUUUAAUACAAACCUAUAAUGAAAAACAAAGCUAGAGUAGUAUAAUUUCUCAGGAGUAGGUGGAGAACUUUCCCUCCUACACAAUGACAGUCCCAGACUACUGGGAUAAUUACAAAAGCCUGUGGUAUAGGAAGGCUACUUUUGCAUACUCUUUUCUCAUGAGUGUGUCUUUGAAACAAUAAAUAUUAUUUCUAAUUUUU